UAUUGAAUAACUUAAUCAGUUUACCCACUCACUGUCUCAAGAUUCAAACUUGGUAUAUUCCAAUACAAGACGCAUUAUCACUGCUCAAUCUUAUUUGGUAUGACUGCUAAAGAAUCAUAAUUAUAUCUGAAAUAUACAAUAAUUUGAAGUCCUUUCUCUUCCAUGACAUAUUUUAAUGUACUGUUCUGUGGAAGGCAUGAUAUAAACCAUGACAAUUCUAAGUCGGGAUAGCAGGAAUCUGAGAUCUGACUUGAACUCAGAACCUCCUGAACACAAAGCCAGCUCUGUACAAAGUCCUAUGAGAUUAGAGAAAGGUGAAGUUGACAGAAAUCAUUAUCCACUGCAACCCGAUGCCAACAAAUUCGAAGCAUUACUAGGCGAGAUGUCUCUGAUUUUAUGACACAAUGAUAUGACUCAGCACUUAGGAAUGUUAGCGUAGAGCAGAACAAAUCACAUGGAUUACUCAAAUGAAGACAUUCAUUCACCUUGUUGGCUGGAGGUCAAUAAAUAACCCUCCCUCCAGACUGAGAGAUAAUUGCUGCCCACUUGAGCUCAUUAAAGACAUAGCAUCAUGCCUGUUCUUCCAGUGUGAGGCCAAGUUACACUAGUCUGCCAGUAGAAGCAGGAAAGCAGUCAUAAUGUUGAUAACAGUAGCAAUAACAAAGAUGAUUAUAACAACUGGAGGCAAGCUGUUAGAAUUCUUGCUUCAUUCAAUUUCUGACACGGACCCCAACCUUUACACCAACGAAGACCACAAACACAGGCAAAAAGUUUUUUGCUAUUCCCAUUUUGGUCAUGGGGUGAAUAAGAAACUGAAGGUUACACAUGCCUUGAUAGUGUAACCUGUACUGGCUGCGUGACUCGGAAACUCAGACAGUGAGGGGCGCUGCACGGGCCAGUGUCUGGAAGACCAUGUGUGAAGACAGUAGCAGCCAUGAAUUGGCAGCUGGGAGUUGUGGUGUUAUGUGGUGCCAGUAGCCUGGCAACCAGCCUGGGACAAGCGUACAGCAUGCAACAGCUAACUACUGUCUCUCACCAUCUGACGGACAGCCCAGCAUUACGGGCCUGGACAGAUGUGUUUCCAAUGGCUGGAGCAUUACUAGGAUGCCUUUUGUCAUGGCUGCCUCUACGUUACCUGGGACGCCGAGCUACUCUGCAGCUUGUGGUGGCGCCGCUGCUCAGUGCCGGGUGCUGCCUUACGUUUGUGUUCUGCCACAUAACCAGGGUGGCGUCUCCCGUCCUGUUGUUGGGGGUCUCUCUCCAGGGGGCUGCUCUGGGAGUUGGCUUCUCUGCUAUACCAGUCUACCUCCUGGAAACAAUGUGUUUUCCCUGCAACACAUAUUCGCACACAAGAUGUGCCCCAGCCCUUAUCAUUGCCACCCAGCUCUGUGCUGCCAUUGGGACCCUGCUGGCAAGCGUAUUUCCCAUCUCGCCCAACACUAAGUAUUUGCAUCUCAUCCCUGCCACAAUCAUGACAGUAUCUGCACUUGGUAUGUGCCUCACAAAUGAAUCUCCACGAUGGCUGCUGCUGUUUGGGCAGAGAGUUGAACAUGCAAAGGCAUCACUUAAACAACUCCAGUCACAACUACAACUGCAGGGUUACAGUGACCCAGACAUCAUCAUCUGCCAGGCAACGGAGUGGUUUCAAAAAGACGAAGAACAGUUUUGUGCCAGGAACGUGAACAUCGCAGUUGUGAGAACGUAUCUGCGUGCGCUGUCACUAGCAGCAUGUUUGCUGAGCUUGCCAAGCAUGAGUGGAGUGCAUGUAUAUGACUUUUAUUCAAAGUGGGCAUUCAAGUUUGCAGGUGUCUUUAUUACUGACAGAAAUAUUAGUCUGUCUGUGUUGAGAGAUUCUAUGCGUGUUGCUGCAGUAACCAUUGCACUGGGAGUGCUCUUUGUCGCAAACGGUGCUAGAUCUCAGUGCGUCUCUCUCAUAAUCUCAACAGGAACGAUAUCGAUAGCAUUAGGUGCCACUGGGAUGUUCCUCUUUAGCCUUGAGCAAGGCGAGAACUGGAAGUGGUCAGUGUUGUGGUUGCCGCUAGUGAUACACAUCGUAUUUCAGACAGUAUUUUGGUUUGGAGUCGGUUCCCAGACUUUCAUUACUGCCUACCAGUUCACUCCAACACCUCUCCGUCCUUCAAUCAUAAGUCUUGCAGGGGGACUGCAUUGGUUACUGGAAAUAACUGUCAAUAAAUUCCUAUUUUUCAUGAUAGACACAAUCCAUCCAUUUGGAACAUAUUGGUUUUACUGUGGAACAUCAGCCACUGGACUGGUACUCAUUGUAUUCAUGAUAGUUCCAGAGAUCAGCAUGAACAGAGCCACGAUAAACGUGGCACGCAGUCAGGUCAAAUGUGAAAUGGAAACAGGAAAGCAAGCAUGCUCCUCUCCUCAAUAUAAGUAGCUUAUUAAUAGGAGACAGUAAGUCUUCACAAAACAAAUGCAAUUUUAUGAAUAAAGCAGAUGACACCUCACCCAACAUCCUACGCAGCUGUCUUGAUACAUUUGUAAUAAUGUAUCAGCUAUAGAAGUUAUUAGCAUCAAAUGAAAUGAUAUGAUUAUGUUACUGUGAACUGGGAAAAAAAGUUACAGCCCAUUUCAAAGUAUUUCCACAAGAAACUAGCUGGAAGGAUUGAUAAAGACAAUGAGAAUUUCAUACAAAUAUACCUCUCAAUUAACUAUAACUCUGGUACAUUUCCACUGAUGUGAUUUAUAUGUAUAUUAUUAUGUACAAAUUUUACUUUACAAA